AUGAAAACAGACAAGGGGAAAGAGGGGCGAGGAGGAGGAGAAAAAAAAAAGCUGAGAAAUCCAGCCCGUCUCCGGCUGCUGUGGCCAUUUUCUUCAAUCAUAAUUUGAUUUGUGGAGCCUGAGAGAGAAAGAGAGAGAGAGAGAGAGAGAGAAGAGCGUCCCUUCCACCCCCACCUCCUGCUCGCCAUAGGGAAAGGCUUCACACACACACACACACGGACGAAGAGCAAGGGCUAGGCCGCAAGUCAUUAGUUCUUGGUGGGCAAGCACUGACAAAAGGCUGGAGGAGGAGGAGAAGCCCGCAUGAGUGCCUGGAGAGCAACCACAGGAACUAUGGAGGGCUGAGCAGACGGACACCAUCCUGCUUCUUUUUUUAUUUUGGGAAGGAAGCAGCACGGAGGAUAUCGUCACCACCGAGCACUACAACAACAAGCAGGAAAGAGAGAGAGAUCACUUCCUUGUGUUGACUUGUGUUGUGUAUCUUUGUGGGAGGUGAGCGGUCCACGUCGCUCGCCUCGUCGGCUGCUGCCGCCUGGAAGAAGGAGAAGAUGAAAGAAGUGAUGUGUGGACAUCAGCUUGUUUUUGCUUGGAUGUGGACUUGUCUUCAUUUGUGGGUCACUCACACAAUGCUGCUGCAGCUGAGAGGAUUACAGCAGAAUAGCAGAGCUGUGUCUGCAGCCUCGCUGCAUGGAGGGAAGAUCUAGAGCGAGAUUUAUUUGUGCAGCACAUUGACGUCGAGGUUCCCUGUGCAGAAGACUGGAGCUGCUAUCUUCUACAGAGGAAAAAAAAGGAGAAAAACAACAAAGUAGGAGCUGCAGAGGAAGAAGAGAAAUGUUGAAUUGAAAUCCACAGGCAUGCAAAACUAAAAGUUGCCACAGUGAGACUGUUUCCAGGUCAUAGUGGAGUGGGAGGAGACUGGGUUUUUUCUCUCCUCCUCAAAGCUGUAGCUGUUUUCUCAUUGACAUCUGCUUUUCCAGCCUGAGGACUUUUAUUUUGUAAGAUAACCUUAAUGAGAGCACAAGAGGCGCGCAGGUGAGGAGGGGGACACACUUUCUUUUAUUUCUUUUAUUUUUUUUAUAUAUUUAUGUUACCUUGACAGCAGCCAGACAUCUUGGCUGCCUGUCCCGUUUUCCUCCGCCGUGGUUCGGUAACCGAGCGAUGGCCAUGGUGAGUGGGGGCUGGGGAGAUCCCAACGGGGGCACCAACGGGCUACCGGAGAACAAGAGCUACCUGCGAGGCGGAGAGGAGGAGGAAGGCUCUCCGCAGGCCGGAGGAAGCGACAUGGAGGCCGGGGACGAGGACAAGUCGUGCGUGGUGGACUGCGUGGUGUGCGGGGACAAGUCCAGCGGGAAACACUACGGCGUGUUCACGUGCGAGGGCUGCAAGAGCUUCUUCAAGAGGAGCGUGAGGCGCAACCUCAGCUACACAUGCAGGUCGAACAGAGAGUGUCAGAUCGACCAGCACCACAGGAACCAGUGCCAGUACUGUCGACUGAAGAAAUGUUUCCGCGUUGGCAUGCGCAAAGAAGCAGUUCAACGCGGUCGCAUCCCACCUCAGCCGAGCCUCAGCCCCUCCAUCACGCCCCUAGGUGGCGCCAGCGGCCUUGGAGGUGGCGACUUCUACAACAACAACAACAACGGCGGGAGCGGCGGCGGUCAGCCGGUGUCGGAGCUCAUUUCCCAGCUGCUGCGAGCCGAGCCGUACCCCAGCAGUCGGUUUGGACACCAGUACAACCAACAGGCCGGGCCAGAUAACGCCAUGGGGAUCGAUAACAUCUGUGAACUGGCUGCCAGGCUGCUCUUCAGCACCGUGGAGUGGGCCAGAAGCAUCCCUUACUUCCCCGAGCUGCCCGUGUCAGAUCAGGUGGCCCUGCUGAGGCUGAGCUGGAGCGAGCUCUUCAUCCUCAACGCCGCCCAGUCGGCCCUGCCGCUCCACAUGGCUCCCCUGCUGGCCGCGGCCGGCUUCCACUCCUCGCCCAUGUCCGCAGAGCGCGUGGUGUCCUUCAUGGACCAGGUGAGGGUGUUCCAGGACCAGGUGGACAAGCUGACCCGGCUGCAGGUGGACUCGGCUGAGUACAGUUGUCUCAAGGCCAUCGCGCUGUUCUCACCAGACGCCUGUGGUCUCACAGACCCGGUCCACGUGGAGUCUCUGCAGGAGAAGGCUCAGGUUGCUCUGACGGAGUAUGAGAGGAUGCAGUACCCGAGUCAGCCUCAGCGCUUCGGACGCCUGCUCCUGCGCCUCCCCGCCCUGCGCGCCGUCCCCGCCAGCCUCAUCUCGCAGCUCUUCUUCAUGCGCCUGGUAGGAAAGACACCCAUCGAGACGCUGAUCCGGGACAUGCAGCUCUCCGGAAGCUCCAUCAGCUGGCCGUAUGUCCCAGGACAAUAGCCCCCCCUCGCGGACGAGGUCUCCGUCUGGGAUUAGUGACGACAAGGACCCGCAGGAAACCUCCUGACUCAUCACUAUCCAUCUGUGUGGUUAUCAAACUGCAGUGCCAGCUGGCCGUCAUAUGUACUGUACUGUAACCGCUCUAUUCCCCCUCGUGACACGAGCCCUCUGUCUCCACGCGGGCCUCCAGUGAAGAAGAGGAGCCAGUGCCAGGCUGGAUCUGUCUUGUCGCCAGCCCAGUCGUUCUGGUGCCAGGUCUCAGGCCAGAGACCAGCUUUUCAUGCUGGGCUCCGAUAUGGCGGCCACAGCCAGUCAUGUCACCACCCACACGCCAUAGUGACUAAAGACGCCACAGUUUUCAUGUAGAGGGCAGCAGCACCCUGCUACAAAAACAUCUAGAGGACAAAACUGUCCCGCCGCUGAAAAGCAGCACAACAGUUUUCCCCCCACAUGGGCUCAUUUUCCAUGGCUCAUCAUUUGUGAUACAGUCAGUGACCUUUUUAUCCUCACAACAUUACAACACGGUAACCACGAUUAGAACGGAUCUAAUUAAACAGUGGUGAACUAAGACAAAGUAAAGGCCUCGUUGAACUCACCGCUCUCUCAGCUUCAACACUAAGGAAGAAGCCAAGGAGCCGAUCAGAUGGAACAGAAAGAAAACAAAACCAAGGAGAAAUCACCAAAGUCUAUCACAUCAUCCUCAGAGAUGGUUUAGCAGAGAGAAAGAGACGAAUGGACUCUAGUGACUGCCUCACCGUCGAGUGAACAAUGCAUUUAAAUUCAUUCACAGGGCUCACUGUUGCUGUAGUUGAAAGAUUUUGUCAAAAGAAAACGCCACAGUUACAUGAGAGUGGACUAAUACCUCACUAGACAUCAGAAUGCUUCAGUCUGAUAUUUCCUAAACACAAACCUCUGUAAAUGUUGUUCACCAGAAACCGCCUUCUUUUUGACAACUGCCUUGUUAUUCAUUUUGAAUUUGGGACACAUGAAACAUGAAGCAUUCGUCUUGUAUCUUUUUUUAAAAAAAAGAUCCCCAAAGUGAUUUUGACUUGUGUUUUGAAUAUGAAUUUUGACUGACUGAAUGAGGUGAAUUCAGCUAUUAAGCAUUGUUUGGAUCAAGCUUGUUUUGUUUUUUUUAUUAUUGAGAAACGGCAGGCUGACAUCAACUCGGGUUCUAGUAAAACAACUCAAGAUAAAAUAAUUAGUUAUUACCGUAGUUGGCGGUGAGAGAGUUUAUAAUACUAAUUAAAUACCAGUUUACGUUGAUCAGUCUCUGUUUCUGGGGGUGAUGAGCCCGUGAGAAAUGUAUUGAAAUGUACAUAUAUUGAGGCCAACAUUGUCUUUUUGCAUGUUCAAAUGUUGUUUUGGAGACGGUUUUAUUCUUUUACAUUAUGUAAUUAAAGGUUCAUUUAAACAUUUAAGUAUUGCUUUCACUGUUAGAUCCUAAAUGUUUUUUUUCUAUAUGUAUUUACAUGAAAAUACCUCUGUCAUCUGUUUAGAUGUCAAAAAAGCAGCCGAUUAGACUGUUAUCAGGCCAUUAAAUAGGCGUUAUCAGUCGCUAUAAGCACCAUAGAUAUGGGUCAAUAGGGGCCUACUACGCCCAAUAGUAGGUUUUAUCAUCUAUUCACAUGGUAGAUCAGAGAAAGAAAGUAUAAAAGAACACGACAGCGACCUCUAGCUACCUAAGUACUUAUGACAGGAGUCAUGCGCUGUAGUAUAGAUAGCUUGGUGUUUUCACCCAGGAGCCGGGGUUCACAUCCCGUGUGUCUUUGAGUUUAUAAGCGUUAAGUUUCACUUUCAGUUUUGAAAUGUAAUUAUUUUAAGCUACAACACAAUGUUUUUCUCUAAACCUAACUCUUUUUGUUGCCUAAAUCUGAAGAAGUCUUUGUUUGAUUUCAAAACGUAACAUUUCAUGCAGUUUAACGUAUUACAACAUGUUGCUUUUAAGUUUUGCUUUCACUUUUACAACCCAGUAGGCCCCUACUGACCCACAUCUAUGGUGCUUAUAGCAACCAAAACGCCUAUAUAAUGGCCUGAAACCGUCAAAUAGGGUGACAAAACAAGCUUAUCUUCAUGCCAUUACAGCUGAUAUGACAUAGAGAUGUUCUGAGUGAGUCUCUACUGUUGUGAAUGAUGCAAGAUGAUACUGUAAUGGAUGAAAAUCUGGUGGGAAAACUGCACUUGGAGGAUAUUCAAUGCCAAAACAUCACACUAUCUGUGACAAAGUUCAAAGAAGAUGGGCCCUGAUUCGCUGGUCCACCAGGAUUUACCUCACACAGGUAUUUCAAGAGGCGAGUUUACAAAAUCCAGAGUGAAAUAUUUGAAAGGAAAGAACGAAAUCAACUCUAAAUACGACAUAUUUCAGCAGUUUAGUUUACUUUUCAAACACAAAGUAGAAGGAUGUAACUCUGCUUCAUGAUCUACCGCCGGGCCUUUUGAAAGUUGUUUGGAUAUUCUUUUAGGCAACAGCCCACACAAACAUGUCAUCGAGAGAAAAAAAAAGAAAAAUAUACUAUUAAUGUUUUCUUAUCUUUGUGUUACUGAGUUCUUACAUUUUUAAAUUACAUGUGUAUGGCAACGUUAUUAAAAGAAUCAAAAGAU